UGCACAAUGGAGAUCUACAAAUCAGUUGCAUCUUUAGAGACAAUAUUGUGCCUUUUGGUCACAUUCUCUGUACAAGAAAUUUGCCACCAUGACAAAGGGGGCCACAUCACAGGUUACGAAGGACAAAUACAAGAAGGCCACAGUCUGCACUGUUGUGGAAGUCAAACUUACAACAUUUCAGGAAGUUCUUGCUGUAAUGGUAAGAUAACACCAGGAUUAAGCCAGUUGGUGGCUGACUGCUGUGAAUCUGUAGCCUACAAUCCUCUAAAUAAGAUUUGCUGUAAUGGCCGUAUUCAGACUCGAAACAGUGCUCAAGAUAAGUGCUGUGGCUCAGAAAUUUACCUAAUGAAGACUCAUUUGUGUUGUGUUGACACUAUAUUCGAACUGGGGGAAAAUCUUUUCUGUUGUGGCAACAAUUUAUAUAACAGGGAAACCCACUGCUGCUGUACUUCAGACUCUAACGAUCUACAAGUGAAGCCCAAGCCCGAAACUUGCUGUUCAAAUCUGGCAGAUGUACUGUCCACUGAGAACAGUUUCACAAAGAAAAGUGCUGGUUCUGAAUUGACACAAAGCCAGCAACAAUUCCUCUCCGCCUUUGUAAGCCUGCCCACCAAAGUCUCAGACAUGAUGUGUGCAUCAAAGGCCUACAAUCCACAAGAGAGUAUUUGUUGCUCAGGGAACCUGUAUAGGAAGUCAUCAGCAAUUAUAAAGUGCUGUGGUAAAUAUCGCUACAGUCUAUUAGAUGAGACGGUGCUGUGCUGCAAUGGAAUCCUUCAUCACAAUUUACCUGAACAGUCAGUGUGUGUUGGAGGUGUUGUAUAUACUCCUGGAGAGACUGCCUGCCAACUGUAUGUCCGUCCUCGUCUUGGUGAACACUGUUGUGGUGUAAAAACCUUAAAUCCUGAAAUUCACAUUUGCUGUAAUGGACACAGGCACAACAAGACAAAUGGUACCUUCUGUUGUGGCUCAGAAGCCUAUGACCCAAAUGACAAGUCCUUGAGGUGUUGCUCGGGUCACCUCUACAUCACCCGUUUAGGUGGGAAAGCAGAGUGCUGUGGAACCCUCUUGCUGGAAGAUAAUACAAAUCAAACUUGUUGUUCUUCCACAAGCCAUGCCAUGCUUUAUGAAACCCAACCAAAACACAUGUGUUGUGGGAAUUAUUACUACAACACGUCCCUGUGGAGUUGCUGCGCAGGACAUCUUAAACCAACACCAAAGACUGAUGCAUCUGAUACAGAGCAGAGCCUUAAGCCACUAAUGGAGUUGAUCCCUGACAUAUGCAGUAAAAAAGUGCUCUUUGGAAAAGUGGAGAGUGUUGCACUUAACAGUUCUCAGCGUAACAUCGUGUUGAGAGUUAUUGUGAGGAUCCAUGUGAAUUCGUCUGAAGUCUUUAAAGACCCUUUGCUUAAUGUGUCACUGGAUCACUGCAGUUCUCCUGCCCUAGAGCAUGGAAUGACCUACCUCUGGGAGAUAAACAACAGUGUAUACAAGCCUCUCUCUCAUCCUAUUGACCUAAACUCAGACAUUUACAUGCUCUUUACUAUGUUACAGUUAUAUGAGGGUUGCAGUCAAAAAUAGCAAUAAGUAUUAAGGUAUAUUUCCAGUAAUUUCAUAACAAAUUUGUGUUGGUUUUCAUAAUACUUAGAUUUAUGUCCUGACAAGAACCUUAAUCUUUCAUUAAUGGUAAUGGUACAUUGAAAGAUUCAUUUGAAUUUGAUGUUUAAAAGCUAAAACCUCCUUAUUUCAGAAAGAUAGGUUGUGUAAUCUGUUACGUAGCAUUAGGACAUCUGUUAUACUUUACACACCAAUAACAUCUGCAGAGGCUUUACAUAUACAGUAGUAGUUAUAUAUGGACCUCCCAAGAACAGAUUAAUCCUGUUUGGAGCGAUGUAUUAAGCUAGUCUAUUUGAUCAAUCAUGUAAUUUUGAUGACUUUUUAGCUACUCUUCGAAUGUGACCACAUAGAAAAUAAUUGUUCUCCUGUUCCAUAUUGAGUUCCCUUGAAGAUUUAUUUUGUUUAAUUGAUGUGCAGUGUUAAAUCCUUUAACAAUGCAUGGCCUAAUACAUGUUUUUAUCAAGUGCUGUGUUUUGAUAAUUCAUCAGUCUCAGGUCUGUUCCAAUGUACUGUUUCAUGUUUUGAUGUUUUUAAGUGUUUCAUAGUUCUUUAUAAGAUACAGGUGUUUUUAAAAUUGCUUUUAGUUUGAUCAGUUUUGCCAUUUAAAGGACUUAAUUGUUCAUAAAAGCAAAAAAUUGACUUUAUCUUAAUUCAUGAUUUAAAAGAAAGCAGGUGUUUCUUAAUGUUUUGUGUAUUUUUGUGUAAUGCUCAACUAUAAGCUUGUUGCAGUUAUGCAUUUCUUUUCAUUCCGAUUGAUUGAUUGAUCGAUUGGUUCGUAACUAUUUGCCAAACAUUGUAUUUUGUACUAGUAUAUCAUCAACUUGGAAACUUCUUUAAGCUUCUCUCAUCUGUUCUGUACUGUUCCAUUUUCAUGUCUUAAAUACAACUGAAGCUUAUCACACAACUUUCAUAUUCAUUGUUGUGUUAUGUGAAGCGGUGUAUUAUAUAAUUGCAGACAUGAAAUGAUACAAAAGUUACAUAAUAUUUUGACAUUUGUGAAUACAUAUGAAAACUAUUGUUUUUAGAUAAAACGUUU